CUCAGUAGAUGCAUGCACCAACACAGACCCUCCAUAUAAAUGGUGCACUUGGCUGCGCCGAUUAUGCCCCUGUCCACCCAGAGGCCUGCUGGCCAGCAUAAUCACCAAAGUGAUCAUGGCUGCAGUACUCUUUGGGGUUGUGUGGUCCAUCACAGAGAAAGAAUGCCUCCCCGGAGGGAAUCUCUUCGGCAUCGUAACAUUGUUCAUCUGUUCAGUGGCCGGAGGAAAGCUGUUCGGACGCAUUCGUUUGCCGAAACUACCGCCAUUACCUCCUCUGCUUGGCAUGCUGCUGGCUGGAUUUUUCCUCAGAAACAUCCCUGUGGUGACAGAUGCAGUUUACAUUGAUGUCAGAUGGUCUGCUUCUCUGAGGAACGUAGCUCUGGCUGUCAUUCUGGUCAAAGCUGGCCUGGAAUUAGAUGGCAAGGCCUUGAGGAAGCUAAAAGCAGUGUGCUUACGUCUGUCUAUCCUUCCUCUCACCUGCGAGGCAACCACUAUGGCCGUGGUCUCUCAUUUUUUAUUGGGUCUGCCAUGGGUCUGGGGGUUUAUUUUAGGAUUUGUUCUUGGGGCCGUUUCUCCUGCGGUUGUGGUUCCAUCCAUGCUGCUUCUGCAGAAGGAGGGUUAUGGAGUAGAGCAGGGCAUUCCUACGCUUCUCAUAGCGGCCUGCAGCUGUGAUGACAUCAUUGCCAUUACCUUCUUUACCACCUGCUUGGGCGUAGCUUUCGCCACAGGCACCGUGUGGAUAAAUGUACUGAGGGGACCACUGGAAGUAUUAGGUGGUGCGGUCACUGGUGUGGCCCUAGGGUACUUUCUGCAUUAUUUCCCCAGCAGAGACCAGAAUAACCUGGUGCUGAAGCGUUCCUUUCUGGUGCUGGGGCUGUCUGUGUUUGCUUUGUUUGGCAGUAACGUGGCAGGGAUUCCCGGCGCAGGAGGUCUCUGUAUGCUGAUCCUCGCGUUUGUGGCAGGAAUAGGCUGGGGAAAAGAUAAGGCACCGGUGGUGGAGGUGGUGGAAAGGUUUUGGUAUGUGUCUCAGCCUCUUCUCUUUGGUCUCAUCGGUGCUGAGAUUGUCAUUAGUGCUUUGGAGAUCAGCACUGUGUCUCUGGGUCUGGCAGCCCUGUUCAUCUGUCUCACUGUACGCCUGCUCUUCACCUUUGUUGUGGUUCUGCGUGCCGGCUUCAACUUAAAAGAGAAAGUCUUUAUCGCACUAGCCUGGAUGCCUAAAGCCACAGUACAGGCUGCGAUAGGCUCUACGGCUCUGGAUAUGGCUCGCUCUAAGAAUGACCUGGAACUACAGAAGUAUGGUAUGGAUGUACUCACUGUGGCUGUGCUGUCUAUUCUCAUCACUGCUCCUAUCGGAUCGCUUAUCAUUGGUCUGCUUGGCCCUAGAGUUCUGCAGAAACCAAAGAACCCUGAGUGGGGUGAGAUAAAGCAUACACGUAACCACACAUACUGUAUGUGAACUAUUCAUGUAGGCAGCAUAUACAGUAUAUGCUGCAUUAUACUACAUAUUCGUUAAAAGCUGCAUUUGGAUAUACAUAUUUAGAUUCAAUAAAUUAAAUAAUUUCAAUUCAAAAAGUUUAAUGUGUUAGCCAAGUCAAGAGCCAUGCAAAGCAAUCCCAGAAUGCACUGCAAUAUUC